AUGGCCGGGGGGAAGCGGCAGCGGAACCCCGCGUCGUACCUCAGCGACGACCUCUUGAUCGAGAUCCUCGUGCGGCUGCCAGCGAGACCGCUGGGCCGCUUCAAGUGUGUCUCCCGGUCAUGGCGCUAUCUCAUCUCCAGUCCUGUCCACCACCGGAGGCUUGCGCACACUGACGCCGCGUCGGGCUUCUUCUACCAGCGUGUCCCCGACGAUGGCUACCCGCGGGUCCGGGCGCCGGUGACGACGGACUUGAGUUUCACCGCCCUAUGCCCUCCCGAUGGAGAAGGAGGCGGAGGCUCGCCGUCUCCGUUCCUCGAUCAAGCCUUCCCGUUCCUGCCUUGUUCGAGCAAUAGAGCCCGGACGGAGCUGCUGGACUCGUGCAACGGGCACCUCCUCCUACGCUGCCACUGCCCCUCCGACGACCACGAGCUGGCCUCUCCGCCGCUCUACAUCGUGUGCGACCCCGCCACCCAGGGCUGGGCGGUCGAGCUGCCCGUCAGCGGCUGGAGCAACAGAGGAGAGAGCAUCCGCCCUGCCACUCUGGCCUUCGACCCGGCCGUCUCCCCGCACUUCCACGUCUUCGAGCUGGUGGAGGACGACGGGCGGCGGCGCUACAGCUCUCGGUACGGCGCCGCCGUCAAGGCGGUGCGGAUCUACUCAUCCGAGACCGGCGAGUGGGUUGUCAGGAACAGCGAGUGGAGCUACCGCAUCUCUUGCGCCGGCGAGAACGCCUGCUUCAACGGCAGCGAGUGGAGGUAUAGCCUCGCUUACGCCGGCAAGCACGCCUACCUCAACGGCUCCCUUCACCUCACCACCACCGACACCGAGAACGGCUUGGUGGUGGUCGCGUCGGUGGACACCAAGGGGCAGACGUGGAGGGCCACCCGCGUGUGCCCGGCAAUACACGGCGCCCCCGGCGUCAUCGACCAGUCGCAGCGCCGCCUGCUCUACGUGGACGCCGGCUCGGUCUACAGUCUCGAGGGUGGCGGCGGUGGCUGUUGGGAUUAG